UAAAGAGAAGAGUCCCAAUGCACAACCUGAAAUACUUCCUCUCCAGAGUGGGUCUCUUCUCCAAACUGGGACUGCUUCCCUGGUGUUCCAGAAAACCUCCAAGUUGGUCAUAGCUCUUCUUGGGCUUAUGUAAGGAAGACCUCACUCAUGUGAUCACCAAAAAGUGUCAAAGAGGACAGAAAAGUCCUAAGAAAACAACCCAUCUUGGAUCACUAGGUAGUUCUUGGCAGGAAAGGCUGGCAAAUGUUGUGAUACCACUCUGGAGGCUAAACUAUGAAGAACAGCUCAAGGUGAAAUUUGAAGCUCAGAACAAAAUUUUACAAAGACUAGAGUCUUGCCUCCAAAUGAUCAACAGACUGAAAGUGACAAUAGCUGCACCAAAAUCUGAGGGUUUUUGUUGUCUUCUCCAUGCUAUUAUACACUCUCCUGUUAUCAAUUGCUUGAAAAAGUCCACCUUGUCUGUGAACUCAGUUCCAGAUGGCAAUCUAAAGAUGGUGGGGUACUACCUGGGAAAUUGGAAAGAUGGAAACAUCAUUUGUGUACAAUCUAACCAUCUGAAAAACAUCACCGAGAAACACAUUCCAGUGGCACAGGUAUAUGAAGUAUUCUUUUGACAGUCUGCAAUGGAGCCCCGCCUCCUGUUUCAUGAAGGUGGACGCUGGUGUGAGCUCACCAUCCACAUCAAUAGCUAAGGGCACACAAUGGCCAUCAUUACUUUCCAUCCCUAGGAAUUAAGGCAGAAGGAGCUCUGUGUUUAGAAGGAGACUGUAAAGGAAUUUUUCAUCAAAGGGCCAGGAGUAGUCUGUGACUUGACAUCACUUUACUUUCAGGAAAGCACCAUGACCCAUUGUAGUCAUCAGAAGUCCCCCUUCUGACUCCUGUUUGGGGAACCCCAUAUCUUUGAAAAGUGCUUGGGCUUGGAGAUCCACAUCUCUCGAGCCCUUUACCAGAUUAACACUGCUGGUGCAGAGAUGCUGUAUUGGAGUGUGGGAAAGCUGAGUGGAGUGAACUCUAACACCAUCCUUCUUGACAUCUGUACUUCCCCAAGUGUAAUUCGCUUUUCUCUGGCUCAGUAUACCUCCCAGGUCCUUGCAAUUGAAUUGAUGGAGCAGGCGGUAGAGGAUGCCAGGUGGACUGCAGCCUUCAACGGCAUCAUGAACUGUGAAUUCUGUGCUGGUCAAGUAGAGAAGAUUUUGCCCAUUGCUAUGGUCAAAGGAAGAUGAGAGUUAAUUGUUGCUGUGGUGAACCCAGCCUGGGUGGGACUACAUUACCAGGUGGACCAAGCCAUUUGAAACAGCAGGGCCAUCCGCACACUAAUUUUUAUUUCCUGAAAGCCCCAUAGUGAAACCACAAGGAACAUCAUUGAGUGAGUCUUGAUGUAUUUUUAAAAUUGUUACUCCAUGAUGAUUGAAGUAAUUCAUGCUUAUUAUGUAGAAUUUGAAAAAUGCAGAGAAGUUUAAAGAAAUAAAAAAAAGUCAUUACAUUGCCACCAACAGUCAAUCAUAGGGCUCUAUCUUGGGUGAGGCAAGUAAAGCAACUCACUUUGGGUGUGAAAUUUAAGGGGUGCCCCAAAUCUCAGUAAUCAAGUUUAAUAUAAUAUUUUCAAAACUCAAAAUUAGCACAAAAAUCUUUGAUAAACAAAAUAUUAAGAUUGUUUAGAAAGGUAAGAUCCAUCCCUGUACUUGGUAAACCUUGCCUCAUUCACCUUACCCUAAUCCUGGCCCUGGUUCCAAUAAAACUUUAUUUAGAAAAGUAGCAGCUAGUCUGCAGGCCAUACUUUUCCAAU